AUGGGUAACCCAGCCGAAGUAGCAGCACCCGACGUGCCAACAACCGAGUCCGACAGCGUCAGCAACGAAAAGACCACCACGCGCAAGGCCUCGCACGAGGAUGACGUGAACGUGGAGAGCGCAGGGUGGGACGAGAGCUCGACGCGGAGGCUCAUCCGCAAAGUCGACCUCACGUUGAUCCCCUUCCUGGCCCUGCUGUACCUGCUCUCCUUCCUGGACCGCACCAACAUCGGCAACGCCCGCCUCGACACGCUCGAGGACGACCUCGGCCUCGACAAGACCGGCCUGCAGUACAACGAUGCCCUCGCCAUCUUCUUUCCCUUCUAUGUCGCCGCCGAGAUCCCGUCCAACAUGGCGAUGAAGCGGUUCCGCCCCUCGCUUUGGAUUCCAAGCAUCAUGGUUGCGUGGGCCGUUUGCACUACGCUUAUGGGUAUUGUGAAGGAUUACCCAGGUUUAAUGGCCUGCCGUUCUGCUCUGGGUCUUGCGGAGGGUGGUUUGUUCCCUGGUAUCACCUACUACAUCACCAUGUGGUAUCGGCGCCAUGAAUGCGGUUUGCGCAUGGCGAUUUUCUUCUCAGCCGCCACUGCCGCCGGUGCCUUCGGCGGUCUUCUCGCUUUUGGAAUCAUGAAGAUGGGAGGUGUCGCUGGUCUUUCGGGCUGGCAAUGGAUCUUCAUUCUCGAGGGCCUUCUGACCUUCUGCGUCGCUAUGAUUGCGUACAUGGUAAUGCAGGACUACCCGGCAACAGCCAAGUUCCUCACUCAGGAGGAGCGUGUGGAGGUGGCGGCGCGGCUGAAGCGCGACCGGUCCUCGCUCGCCGACGAAUUCGACAUCAAGUACUUCUGGGCAGCCCUCAAGGACUGGAAGAUCUGGGUGCACAUGUUCAUCACCAUCGGCGUGUACACCGGCCUGUACUCGUACUCGCUCUUCCUGCCCACCAUCAUCAACGACCUCGGUACCUCGAGCAGCAGGGAGAUGUCCCAGUUGCUGACGGUGCCCCCUUACGUCGUGGCCUGUCUGUUCUGCGUCGGUUCCGGCUGGUAUGCUGACAAGCUGGGCAAGCGUGGAAUUUUCAUGAUUGGGUUCAUGGUUAUUGCCAUCAUCGGCCUCAUCAUGCUCAUGUCCAGCUCCUCCAGCGGCGUGCGCUACACAGGCUGUUUCUUCCUCGCCACGGGCAUCUACCCCAAUGUGCCGCUGGGCGUGGCAUGGAACGGCAACAACAUCGGCGGCUCGCUAAAGCGCGGCGUCGGCAUCGCCAUGCACGUCGGCUUCGGCAACCUCGGCGGCACCAUCUCGGCCUACCUGUUUCUCUCCAAGGACAAGCCCCGGUACAUGCCCGGUUUUGCCACCCUGCUGGCCUGCCAGACCAUGGCCCUAGUGCUGUCCGUGUUCAUGCACAUCUACCUGCGCCGCGAGAACGCCCGCCGCGACCGCGAGUACAAGCCCCCCAGCGAGUAUACCGAGGAGGAGAGGGUUGCGGAGCGCGAGAAGGGCGAUCUGGCUACCUUCUUCCGUUAUACUGAGUAA